GAACCUUUGUAUUAUUAGAACAGAAAUAGAAUAGGUGUAAGUGACUGUGUCAGCAGGUUGUGUCACAGGGCCCGUCCAAUCAGUCCAAGGUACCUGUACUUAAAAAUAAAACAGGCUGCAUCCUGUAUUCAGUCACACCUUAGCAUUACAGACGCCUUUUCUUCUUGAAUAGUUGACGUGUGCAUACCUCAUUUGAUACACCCAGUGUAGGAGUAGUGAUGAUGAGGUCAGGUUUUUGAGAGGACUCAUCAGUGUCGGAAGCUUGUGAGGCUAAAUCUACUCUCGAUCCAUGUGAAGCGAGGUAGAGCUGAAGAUAUUUCUUGGGUCUGGUGAUUACCUGCGCCAGUGCUACAGCUACAUGAAAUCAUUUGUGCCUAAUGAUGCAUCCGCCUGUGUGCAUAUUGUAAAACCCCUCUAGCAACCAGUGAUAAUUUAUUGCCAAAAGCGGGCCUCGCAAAUCAAAAUGACGACUUUCCGAAGGUUUUUAAGGAAGCGUUUAUUUCCUUGGAAACUAGUAAUAGUCGCCCUCAUUUUCAUUACGUUUGUGUUUCUCAUACAACGGGAAGUUGUUGGUCGGGAUCUGCAGGAAGAGCCAUGGCUCAAAGACAUUGUAGACAAGAGGGAUGCUGUCUUAGGAAUGAUGAUGGGGGCAGUCAAUAAUUUCAGGGAUGCAAUGCCAAAAAUGCAAAUUAAAGCACCUGUUCGACAACAUGACACUGCGGACAGCAAGCCGUGUUUGAAUGGAUAUUACACGGCAGCAGAGCUGAAACCUUACCUGGAGAGGCCAUCUCAAGACCCCAAUGCUCCUGGGGCCUCCGGAAAAGCUUUUCCAACUGACAAACUGAGCCCAGAAGAACAGAAGGAAAAGGAGAAAGGGGAGGCCAAACAUUGCUUUAAUCUGUUUGCAAGUGAUCAGAUUUCACUUAGUAGAGACCUUGGACCCGACACGAGACCUCCAGAAUGCAUUGAACAAAAAGUAAAGCGCUGUCCGCCUCUUCCAACCACUAGUAUAAUUAUCGUGUUCCACAAUGAAGCAUGGAGCACAUUGCUGAGAACAGUAUACAGCGUGCUGCAUACAUCUCCUGCCAUCUUUCUGAAAGAGAUCAUACUGGUGGAUGAUGCAAGUGUUGAUGAUUACUUGAAGGAACCGCUGGAUGAUUAUGUAAAGCAGCUCCACAUAGUUAAGGUAGUCCGGCAAAAGGAAAGAAAGGGACUUAUUACUGCCAGGCUACUGGGAGCAGCAGUAGCCACAGGGGAUGUGCUCACUUUCUUAGAUGCACAUUGUGAAUGUUUCCAUGGCUGGUUGGAGCCUCUUCUGGCGCGGGUAGCAGAGAACUACACUGUAGUGGUAAGCCCAGACAUUACAACAAUUGACCUCAAUACCUUUGAGUUUAUGAAACCGUCUCCCUAUGGGCAAAACCAUAACCGAGGCAACUUUGACUGGGGUUUAUCCUUUGGAUGGGAAAGCCUUCCUGACCACGAGAAAAAAAGAAGAAAAGAUGAAACGUACCCAAUCAAGACACCAACAUUUGCUGGGGGGCUUUUCUCAAUCUCCAAAGAGUAUUUUUAUUACAUUGGAAGUUACGAUGAAAAAAUGGAAAUUUGGGGAGGCGAGAAUAUUGAAAUGUCUUUUCGAGUGUGGCAGUGUGGCGGACAGUUGGAGAUCAUUCCAUGCUCUGUGGUGGGUCAUGUUUUCCGCACCAAAAGCCCACAUACAUUCCCCAAAGGCACUCAGGUUAUUGCACGUAAUGAAGUCCGUCUAGCUGAAGUCUGGAUGGAUGAUUAUAAAGAAAUAUUCUACCGGAGAAACCAGCAAGCAGCCCAGAUGGCAAAAGAAGAAUCUUUUGGGGACAUAUCCCAAAGGUUGAAGCUCAGACAAAAUCUGAAGUGUAAAAACUUCUCUUGGUAUUUGAAGAACGUGUAUCCUGAAGGUUUCCUGCCAGAUUUGAUCCCUCUUCGCUUUGGAGCCGUGAAAAAUAUGGGUAAGGAGUCCUGUCUAGAUGCUGGGGAGAACAAUGAAGGUGGCAAACAACUGAUACUUUACCCAUGCCAUGGGCUUGGAGGAAAUCAGUACUUUGAAUACUCUACACACCAUGAAAUUCGUCACAACAUCCAAAAGGAAUUGUGUUUGCAUGCUACUGACGAAGUUGUUACGUUGGAAGAAUGUCAGUUCAAAGGUCAAAAUACACAUGUCACAGUAGAAGAAAAGUGGGAGCUAAGAGAGGACCAUCUAAUUGUAAAUCCUGCAGCAAACAUGUGCCUUGCUGCAAAAGAAGAGCACCCAAGCCUGGAACCCUGCAACCCUGCUGAUAGAUUCCAGAAGUGGACCUUUAUUUGAGGUUCAACCCAGGCAUAUCUGUAGUUUCUUAUAGUUGGAAGAUGUUUGUGUUUUGAUACAAGAUCACAACGUGAUACAUUUGCACUUGGAAGAAAUGUCUGUAUUCUAAAAAGAGUUGGGUAUUUUGAUGUUGGUAUGGAGCUGAUUUUUUUUUUUUUUUUUUUUUA